CGCAGCUCGGGUCUUUUUCCAGCUCAACGCGGUGCUUGUCGUUGUCAGAGAGAGAGAGAGAUCUGGCCAGCAGAAGAAGUGUUUACACUUUCUCUGAAUAGGAACAUUGAAUUUAUAUUUUGGAAGAAAGGGAUUUUACACCGUAAUAUUGACAAAUUUAACAUACGCCUUCUUUCGUAUGUGUCAUUUAUUUAUAAUGGGAAUAAAUGGAAAUGGACCAGAAGCCAGACUUGGAUGCAACACUUCUGCAGCUUUAGAGAAUAAAACAAAUGAUGACCUCUUGAAGUAACCGUAACGUAACUCCUCGCCGAAUGAUAUACCGACGUGUAUUUGCACAAGCCAACGCAUUUAAAUGUAAAGUGGAGUAGCUAGGUGUUAACUUUUCCAGCCAGUUAGAUAGCUGUCAUGGAUAUCUGUUCAAGACCUAGUGGAGAAAUUCAAAGAAAAAACCCACAGCAGGAUUUCGAGCUCAUUCAACGAGUUGGGAGCGGCACAUAUGGAGACGUAUACAAGGCUCGAAACAUCCAAACGGGAGAGCUUGCUGCUGUUAAGAUUAUUAAACUGGAGCCAGGGGAUGACUUCUCCAUCAUCCAGCAGGAGAUCUGCAUGGUGAAGGAAUGCAUGCACCACAACAUAGUGGCCUACUUCGGGAGCUACCUCUGCCGCGACAAGCUGUGGAUCUGUAUGGAGUACUGUGGGGGAGGAUCUCUACAGGACAUAUAUCAUGUGACGGGUCCCCUAUCAGAGCUGCAGAUAGCCUACGUCUGCAGAGAGACCAUACAGGGUUUGGGAUAUCUACACUCCAAGGGGAAAAUGCACCGUGACAUCAAGGGUGCUAAUAUCCUCCUAACAGACAACGGGCAUGUGAAACUAGCUGAUUUUGGAGUAGCAGCCAAAAUAACAGCCACCAUUGCCAAGAGGAAGUCCUUCAUCGGGACUCCUUAUUGGAUGGCCCCAGAGGUAGCAGCAGUAGAGAAGAACGGAGGUUACAACCAGCUGUGUGACAUCUGGGCCGUGGGCAUCACCUCCAUAGAACUGGCCGAGCUGCAGCCCCCUAUGUUUGACCUGCACCCAAUGAGGGCUUUGUUUCUCAUGUCAAAGAGCAGCUUUCAGCCUCCCAAGCUAAAACACAAAACUAAGUGGACCACAGCCUUCCAUAACUUUGUUAAAGUCUCGCUGACCAAGAACCCGAAGAAGAGACCGACAGCUGAGAAGCUCUUAACGCAUUUGUUUAUAGAUCAGACGGGGCUGACCAGGAGAGUAGCUGUGGAGCUGCUGGACAAGAUGAACAACCCAGACAACCACCAACACUUCUCUGAGGUGGACGACGAUGACCUGGAGCCUCUUUCAGCAGUGAGACAUAUCAUUCGUUCAACCAACAAACACUCCAGAGCAGAGAGAACUCGCUCAGAGAUCAACUUUGAUAAAGUGAAGUUUGAACCUCCGCUGAGGAAGGAAACAGAGGCUCACGUUGAAAUGGACGUGACUAAACACAGCGACUUCCCCUCUCCCUGGAGCCCUUUCGCAGAGGGAGGCAUCUCUACCAGGGGACAUAUGGCCCAUCUGGAGGACGCCUUUGAAGACGUGGAGCUGUCGACCCUCAAGCACGGAAUCCCACCUCCUCUACCCCCAAAGCCUCAUCUGAGCAGUUUGUCAGAUGAGCCAGAUGUGAUUGAUGAGAGGUGUCUGACAGUGAGGAGAUUUCCAGGCUCAGAGGACAGCCCAGGUCCAGGCCUGUUCCCCCGGAGGCUGAGCACUCCAGAGCAGGGCAACAAGGCGGAGCAUUCUGGUCCGGACUACCUGUCAGCCAGCGGCAGUAGCCCCAAUCUGCUAUCUACGUCCACAGCCUCAGACCCUGAUCCCGAUGACGGCGUGAACGGAGAGAAUCCCAGUGCUCGGCCCAGCCGACCACAGAGGACGGAGAAGAAAGACUACCUUAAACCUGCCAUCAACGGCCUGCCGCCAACUCCUAAAGUCCUGAUGGGGGCCUGUUUCUCCAAGGUGUUUGAUGGCUGCCCACUGAACAUCAACUGUGCCACGUCGUGGAUACACCCUGAUACCAAAGACCAGUACCUUAUAUUUGGGACAGAGGAUGGGAUCUAUACCCUCAACCUGAAUGAGCUGCAUGAAGCCACCAUGGAACAGCUGUUCCCCAGGAAGUGUACCUGGCUCUACAUCAUCAACAACAACCUGAUGUCUCUGUCAGGGAAGACCUUCCAGCUCUACUCACACAACCUGAUUGGGCUGUUUGAGCAGCUGAAGAAGCCUGGCCUGGCCUCUCAGUUCCAAACACACCGCUUCCCAGACAAGAUGUUACCAAGGAGGUUUGCCUUGACAACGAAGAUCCCUGACACAAAGGGCUGUCACAAGUGUUGCAUUGUGAGGAACCCUUAUACGGGCCAUAAGUACCUGUGUGGAGCGCUCCAGUUUGGGAUAAUCCUGCUACAGUGGUAUGAACCCAUGCAGAGGUUCAUGCUUAUCAAGCACUUUGACUUCCCUCUGCCCAGCCCUCUGAAGGUGUUUGAGAUGUUAGUGGUUCCAGAGCAGGAAUACCCCAUGGUGUGUAUAGCUGUCAGCCAGGCCACGGAGCCAGGCCAGGUGGUUCGCUUUGAGACCAUCAACCUCAACUCCUGCUCUUCCUGGUUCACUGAGAUGGGAUCAACUGGUCGAGCAAUGGACGCCAUCCAUGUGACCCAGCUGGAGAGGGACACCUUGCUAGUGUGCCUGGACAAAAAUAUCAAGAUCGUUAACCUCCAGGGAAGACUGAAGUCCAACAAGAAGCUAGCCUCGGAGCUCAGCUUUGACUUCACCAUUGGAUCCGUUGUGUGCCUUCAGGACAGUGUUCUGGCCUUCUGGAAGCACGGCAUGCAGGGAAGGAGCUUCAAAUCCAACGAGGUCACCCAGGAGAUUUCUGAUCCCAGCAGAGUCUUCCGCCUCCUAGGAUCUGACAGGGUGGUGGUUCUGGAGAGCCGGCCCACUGACAACCCCACAGCCCUCAGCAACCUCUACAUCCUGGCCGGGCAUGAAAACAGUUACUAGCCCUGACCCCAGCCCUGUUACUGAGAACAGUUACUAGCCCUGUCCCUGUUACUGAGAACAGUUAGUAGCCCUGACCCCAGCCCUGUCCCUGUUACUGAGAACAGUUACUAGCCCUGACCCCAGCCCUGUCCCUGCUACUGAGAACAGUUACUAGCCCUGACCCCAGCCCUGUUACUGAGAACAGUUACUAGCCCUGACCCCAGCCCUGUCCCUGUUACUGAGAACAGUUACUAGCCCUGACCCCAGCCCUGACCCUGUUACUGAGAACAGUUACUAGCCCUGACCCCAGCCCUGACCCUGUUACUGAGAACAGUUACUAGCCCUGACCCCAGCCCUGACCCUGUUACUGAGAACAGUUACUAGCCCUGACCCCAGCCCUGACCCUGUUACUGAGAACAGUUACUAGCCCUGACCCCAGCCCUGUUACUGAGAACAGUUACUAGCCCUGACCCCAGCCCUGACCCUGUUACUGAGAACAGUUAGUAGCCCUGACCCCAGCCCUGUCCCUGUUACUGAGAACAGUUACUAGCCCUGACCCCAGCCCUGUCCCUGUUACUGAGGACAGUUACUAGCCCUGACCCCAGCCCUGUCCCUGCUACUGAGAACAGUUACUAGCCCUGACCCCAGCCCUGUCCCUGCUACUGAGAACAGUUACUAGCCCUGACCCCAGCCCUGUUACUGAGAACAGUUACUAGCCCUGACCACAGCCCUGUCCCUGUUACUGAGAACAGUUACUAGCCCUGACCCCAGCCCUGUCCCUGUUACUGAGAACAGUUACUAGCCCUGACCCCAGCCCUGACCCUGUUACUGAGAACAGUUACUAUCCCUGACCCCAGCCCUGACCCUGUUACUGAGAACAGUUACUAGCCCUGACCCCAGCCCUGACCCUGUUACUGAGAACAGUUACUAGCCCUGACCCCAGCCCUGACCCUGUUACUGAGAACAGUUACUAGCCCUGACCCUGUUACUGAGAACAGUUACUAGCCCUGACCCCAGACCUGACCCUGUUACUGAGAACAGUUACUAGCCCUGACCCCAGCCCUGACCCUGUUACUGAGAACAGUUACUAGCCCUGACCCCAGCCCUGUCCCUGUUACUGAGAACAGUUAGUAGACCUGACCCCAGCCCUGACCCUGUUACUUAGAACAGUUACUAGCCCUGACCCCUUCCCUGUCCCUGUUACUGAGAACAGUUACUAGCCCUGACCCCAGCCCUGACCCUGUUACUGAGAACAGUUACUAGCCCUGACCCCAGCCCUGUUACUGAGAACAGUUAGUAGCCCUGACCCCAGCCCUGACCCUGUUACUGAGAACAGUUACUAGCCCUGACCCUGUUACUGAGAACAGUUAGUAGCCCUGACCCCAGCCCUGUCCCUGUUACUGAGAACAGUUAGUAGCCCUGACUCCAGCCCUGUCCCUGUUACUGAGAACAGUUAGUAGCCCUGACUCCAGCCCUGUCCCUGUUACUGAGAACAGUUACUAGCCCUGACCCCAGCCCUGUUACUGAGAACAGUUACUAGCCCUGACCCCAGCCCUGUCCCUGUUACUGAGAACAGUUAGUAGACCUGACCCCAGCCCUGACCCUGUUACUUAGAACAGUUACUAGCCCUGACCCCUUCCCUGUCCCUGUUACUGAGAACAGUUACUAGCCCUGACCCUGUUACUGAGAACAGUUACUAGCCCUGACCCCAGCCCUGUUACUGAGAACAGUUAGUAGCCCUGACCCCAGCCCUGACCCUGUUACUGAGAACAGUUACUAGCCCUGACCCUGUUACUGAGAACAGUUAGUAGCCCUGACCCCAGCCCUGUCCCUGUUACUGAGAACAGUUAGUAGCCCUGACCCCAGCCCUGUCCCUGUUACUGAGAACAGUUAGUAGCCCUGACUCCAGCCCUGUCCCUGUUACUGAGAACAGUUAGUAGCCCUGACCCCAGCCCUGUUACUGAGAACAGUUACUACCCCUGUCCCUGUUACUGAGAACAGUUAGUAGCCCUGACCCCAGCCCUGUCCCUGUUACUGAGAACAGUUACUAGCCCUGACCCCAGCCCUGUCCCUGCUACUGAGAACAGUUACUAGCCCUGACCCCAGCCCUGUUACUGAGAACAGUUACUAGCCCUGACCACAGCCCUGUCCCUGUUACUGAGAACAGUUACUAGCCCUGACCCCAGCCCUGUCCCUGUUACUGAGAACAGUUACUAGCCCUGACCCCAGC